UCUUUCUCAAUACAAACUUUUUCACUUUCAAAUAUGCUUCCAAAAUCUCUCUCCUUUCCCAUUCUCUCUUGUCAAAUACACUCGUAUUGAAGACAUUUCCUUCUUUCUUUAAUAUUGUUUUAUAAUCUCUCAUGGUUGUUGUUCAUUAUGCUAUUUAAAGUUGGUCUGCAUAGUCUUGUAUCAUUGAAUUUUUAAAGAAUGUGAGUGGUACUGCCGUGAAAUGGAUGUUUUCAGUGUAGAUGAGGAUGAAGAUGCCACUAAGAAAAGACGGAAUGGGAUUUCUUGGCCACCUCCACAUGCUAAUGUCCGACACAGACGUUCCAAGAGUGCAUCUGAGAGGAACCUGGAGGUUUCAAGAGGUGGAGCUUUGCGUUCCAUAAAGAAGGACCAGAAUGGAACACAUAUGUCACCACUUUCAACAAGGGCUUUUAGGACACAAAGUCCUCUCCGUGACUAUCCUGCUUGUACAAAUAAAAAUACAUCAUCAAACCAUCGAGCCUCUUUGGAAAAAGAUAUUGACCUGCUGCAACUACGGUUGCAACAAGAGAAAUCUAUGCGCAUGAUGCUCGAGAGAGCAAUGGGCCGGGCUUCAAGUACUUUAUCUCCAGGACAUAGACAUUUUGCAAAUCAGACAAGGGAGUUGAUUGCAGAGAUUGAGUUACUGGAAGAAGAGGUCACAAACCGUGAGCAGCAUGUACUCUCUCUGUAUCGGAGUAUUUUUGAAAAUUGUGUUAGUCAGGCUCCUUCUGAGCAAAACUCAGGUGUUGCUUCUCCUGCCCAUACAAAGCAAGUAUCCAGGAAACACCCAAGUAUUAUUUCAAGUGCUUUCUGCUCCUCCAAAAAGUUCCCUUUGCGACCUCUGCAAGCUCUAGUUUCUGUCAGUGAGUCAGGGAAGAGAUCCUCCAAGGCUAGUGAUUCUCCAUCAUUCCUUGGGAAAAGCAACGUUCAUUUUGAGAAGACUUGUUUUGACCGGAUCAGGGCGCAUGAGAAGAUUCCUAUCAUGGAGAAAACUUCAAUGUUGCGAACUCUAAAAGACCAUCUAUAUCAAUGCCCAAGCAAGUUGUCUAAGGAAAUGGUCAGGUGUAUGGCUGCAGUAUACUGCUGGCUUCAUAGCGCAGCAUCUGUCCCUGGAAAAAACAGAUCACCCAUUUUGUCAAGGUCAUCCACUAAUGUUGUAAUCCCCCGGCACGGUAUUGGAGAGGACCGAGAUUGGUCUUGCAAAUCCAUGGUAGAAGUGUCUUGGAUAUCAACUGAUAGAAGUCAGUUCUCUCACGCAUCUUAUGCCAUCAGUACAUAUAGAGUUCUUGUGGAGCAGCUGGAGAGGGUGACUGUUAGUCAGAUGGAAAACAAUGUUCAAAUUGCGUUUUGGAUCAAUGUGUAUAAUGCCCUUGUUAUGCAUGCAUAUUUAGCAUUUGGAAUCCCCCACAGCUCUCUGAGGAGGUUAGGCUUGUUUCAUAAGGCUGCUUAUAACAUUGAUGGCCACAUCAUUAGUGCAAAUGCUAUAGAGCAGUCAAUCUUUGGUUUCCGCACACCCCGAGUUGGAAAGUGGCUUGAGACCAUCCUUUCUGCUGCAUUGAGGAAGAAAUCCAGUGAAGAAAGGCAACUUAUUAGUUCCAAGUUUGGUCUCUCAGAUGUCCAACCCCUAGUCUGCUUUGCCCUUUGUACUGGAGCUUUUUCUGAUCCUGUGCUAAGAGUCUAUACAGCAUCAAGUGUUAAAGAGGAAUUGGAGGUUGCAAAAAGAGAGUUUCUUCAAACAAAUACAGUUGUGAAGAAGUCAAGGAGAGUGUUUCUACCCAAGUUGAUUGAAAGAUUUGCAAAGGAAGCCUCUAUCAACUCAGAUGAUCUUCUGAAGUGGAUUACCGAAAAUGUUGAUAAGAAACUCCAUGAUUCAAUUCAGAAAUGCAUCGAUAGGAAAUCAAACAAAAAGGCAUCUCACGUCAUAGAGUGGUUACCUUACAGCUCAAGGUUCCAGUAUGUUUUCUCAAAGGAAUUAACAGAGAAGCCAUCGUGGGCAUGAGUUUCUUUCUAAAUGCCUUACUUGCGGGGGACAACAUCUCUGUCAGAAGCCAUUCGGUAUUGCUUGGCUUGGGAAAAAAGGACAUUAGUUAUGGGUACUUCUGAUCUACAUUUAUUGUCCAUCUGAUCUUUGCCCAUUUUAGAUAACACUUUGUAGCCCAUGAAUUUUAAAUUCCUUUGUGACUACUGUAAUAGUAAAUUGACUUGUUCAUUAA